UGCUGACACGUGUCCUGCCAUUGCCACCUUAAACAUCUGUCUCCAUCCUCGUGAACCCUUCCUUGUCGUCCCAUCUCUCUCAUUAUUCCCUUUGUUCCUACUUCCACCAAUACACCACGUUUUCAACCUUCUCUCCACGUUCCAUACCAAUUUCAUCACACUUGAGAAUUGACAUUUGACACCCUACUAUAUAUUCCCAUCAUGUAAAAAACACAAUGGUGCUUCUCCCUCUGGUCCCUUUACUCUUCUCUCUUUAGUAGAUCUCACUCAUUUAAUACAUUUCACUUACAAAAAUAUACACCAUACUAUAAUACUAUUAAUUAACACCUACUGUGCUUAAUUAAUUUCAUUAUCCACCAAAACGAUGUCGGAUCACCCCGACGGCGCUUCCGAAAUCUCAGCGAGCAACUCAUCCAGGAGUCUCGCGGAGUUACCGGAACUCACCGCCAUACGAUUCGGACUCGAUCUUGUAUCGGCGGCUAGGCGAAACAUCUUGUUCCUGAGGACUGUUUCGGAUUCUCUGUGGCUCCACCACACGCCCAUUGUGGUGGAAGCCAUACGCAGAUACCAUGAUGUGUGGAUGCCGUUGAUUUCCGAUCUGACGGCCCCGGACUUCCCUCUUCCUAUGAUUCUCCCUCCCUUCGAUGUCGAGUGGGUUUGGUUCUGCCACACUCUCAACCCUGUGAGUUGCUUCAAAGAAGAGAUAUGGAGCGCUGAGUUCCCCUCCGAGUCGUUUGAGAACGAAGCGAGUUCUGACUCGGAGGAGGAGGACCCAGUUGGCGCCAUUGUUGAUGAAGAGGGUGGUGAUCUUCUGAAGGAAGUUAUGGAGAAGAGGAAGUGGUUGUGCUCUGUGUUUGAGGAGCCGUACAGGUGCGAGGUGGUGUACUUGAUAGCGGCGAGGCAGAGGUACAAGGCGUUCUUGUAUUUGGCGCACAAGAGGUUAGUGGCGCUUCAAUCUGGUUCCUGUUUGGUGCCAGCUUCGGAUAUCUUGUUGAUGUGGCUGACCCACCAGAGCUAUCCAACAGUGUAUGUGGGAGACAUGAAGGCAUUAGGCUUAGAUGUUGAUCUGGAAAAGGUGGCAAUGGUUUCUCAAACCGUGAAGGAGAAGGAAUUUGAAGAAAUAAGGAAGUUGUGGGACACAGAAUUCAAUCAACCUUAUGAAAAAGCUGGUGGAGAGAUCACUUCGCUGUCAUUGGAAGGGGCUACCUCUGCAAUUUCCCCCGUCUACUGGGUUGAAUCAGACACAGAUGUCAAUACAAAAUACAGGUCCAUGCUUCCAAGGUUCUUACUUGAGGCCUGUGUGUUUGUGAAGCUUAACUCAAGGAUAAAGGCAUUGCAAAAGGAUAUAAACCGUGAUUUCAUAAGACUUCGUACUAUAAGGUGUCAUAGUGAGUUAAAGCUAGAUAAAUCCAUCUCCAGUUUCCCCUAUGAUUCAUGGAAAAAAGCUUGGCAUCUUUACUGUGAAUUUGGGACCAAGGGGGUUAUUAUUGAGUACCGUCGACAAGGUGGUAGCUGUCUUAAAGGAAGUACCCUGCAAGACACCGUUUCAUUUAGCUGGAAUGAUUUAUUGAGAGCUGAUUCUCUAACUUCUGAAAAGAAAAUUAGUCAGCAUGUGAAUAUUGUUGCGUCAAUAACCCCGCCAGUUCAAGCACCGUACUUGUUGAAAUGUGUUCCUGAUCGAGUAACAGAUGAUUCCGGAGCAAUGAUAUCUGAUGUGAUUCUGAAGAUGAAUAGCUAUCACCCGCAAGAAGGACGAUGGCUGUCUCGUACAGUUCUUGAUCAUGCAGGAAGAGUGUGUUUUGUUAUUAGAAUUAGGGUAGGAGGAGGAUUUUGGAGAAGAGGAGGUGAAACUCCUUUGGCUGUGAAAUGGGAAGAAAGGAUUAUAGAGAUACGUGAAGGAUCUUGGUCUUAUGUUGCUGGUUCCAUUGGUAGAGCCCCUGAGAAGGUGGUAGCUACUGCCACACCAAAGGAAUCUGCAGAGCAAUGGAGUGCAUCAUGGUGCUUUUCAACGGGAGAUGAGCUGUUCGUACAAUGGGACUCAUCACUAUCAGUGUCGGGUCUUUGCUUUAGUUUGAGAAACCAGACAUCAACAGAUUCAUCGGUGAAGUUGUUGAAAGGAAGGCAAAGGCAAUACCAAGUGAAGAGAAAAAGGAAGGCAGAUAACGAAAGUGAAACAACAAAAAACAACUUAAAGGAAGAUUUUGAUGAUGAGGAGGGUUUUAUUACACUUGUUCGUCUCACAGGAGAUGACCCCGAUGGAAGAGCAACGGCACUUCUAAAUUGGAAGCUAUUGGUUGUUGAAGUGUUGCCUGAAGAAGAUGCGGUUCUGAUGCUCCUCCUCUGCAUCUCAAUACUCAAAAGUGUAUCAGAAAUGAUGAAACAAGAUGUGGGAGGGUUGUUGGUUAGGAGAAGACUGAAGGAGACAAGGGUUGGAACUAGGGAUUGGGGUUCUGUGAUGCUUCAUCCAUCAUCAUCGUCGUCAUCAUCUGAUUCAAGAUACCUUCAACCUUGGUAUUGGAAUGCCUGCUCUGUGAUGAUAGCACCUGAUGCUGCAGAUCAUGUCAAAAGGAUGCCAGCAUCAACUCAAUCACUAGUGGAAGGCAGUGACAAGUUAUACAAGCAUGGGAUCAUUAGUUAAAAGAAAUGUUUCUUGAAUAUAGUUAUUAUUAUAUUUUGAGUUGACAAUUUGACAUACUAUCUAUCUACUUGGAGGGUGUGAGGGCCAGCAAAAAUGAAACUCGCACCUCGUAUAAUAGUGGAUAGAUAAUAUUUCAGCGCCUGAUAUAAUGAUAGUUAUAUUCAGGUAACAUUAUCGAAUUAGUUAAGCCUUUUGUAUUAUAUUUGAUGUGGAUGCAAGUUUUUCAAUUUGGCUUGCUUGAAAUGUUCACUUUUUCUUCUUAGGAUUGUAAUUCUGAGUCGAUAGUGUUUGAUUGAAACAAAAAAUAAAUUAUUGAAAAAAGAGAGACUGAUUGA